AUGUCCUUUCAAAAAGCCUUGCUCAACAAUGGCUAUGAGAUGCCCUUGACCGGGUAUGGUCUCUGGGAUGUCAGCAAGGCCGUUUGUGCCGAUCAAGUUUACAAAGCUAAAAAAGAAGAUUAUGGAAAUGAAGUUGAAGCCGGACAGGGGAUCGCGCGAGCUAUUCAAGAUGGACUCGUCCAACGCAGUGAGCUUUUUAUUGUGUCAAAAAUCUGGUGUACAUUUCAUGACCCCAAACAUGUCCAGGCUGCUGUACGCAACCAGCUUUCAGAUUGGGGACUAGAUUACUUCGACUUAUAUCUGAUUUACUUUCCCAUUUCUCUCAAAUAUGUUGAUUCAUCUGAAAGCUAUCCUCCGGGAUGGACAGCUCCCUAUGUUACGAACAAAGCCGUGGAACUUGCUUGCGUUCCAAUGUAUCAAACAUGGGCAGCCAUGGAGUCUCUGGUUAAAGCGAAGCUCACAAGAAGCAUUGGGGUCAGCAACUUCCAGAUCCAGCUGAUAAGUGACCUGCUUUGCUACGCGAGCAUCAAGCCAGCUGUAUUGCAGAUUGAACACCAUCCUUAUCUCACUCAGCGGCGCUUGGUUGACUAUGCGCAAGGAAAAGGCAUUGUAGUAACUGCAUACUGUUCCUUUAGACCCCAAACUGCUGUGGCGGCGAAUAUUUCAGAACCUUCCUUGCACAUUUAA